UCCAUUCUAGUCACUACCGUAGGCGCUGGGAGGUGCUGCGGGUGAGGGUCGCUGUGCCGCCUGUCCUCUGCCCACCACGGCUCAUGCUGCACCGGGACGGCGCGCUCUCUGAAUGAAUCCGGGGGACAAACGCUAACGGCACGGACGCUAUGAGGUACCAUCUAGGAAGCUGAACGGAGCACAGUCAUGGCUCAAUUUGCAGCUGCGCCAUUUGGGGGGAAUUUGGACAUCUGGGCCAUAACUGUGGAGGAAAGAGUGAAACAUGAUCAGCAGUUCCAUGGGCUCAAUCCAACGGCGGGGUAUAUUACCGGAGACCAGGCCAGAAACUUCUUCCUCCAGUCUGGGCUGCACCCGCCCGUACUUGCACAGAUAUGGGCAUUGGCUGACAUGAACAAUGAUGGAAGGAUGGACCAGCUGGAGUUCUCCAUAGCUAUGAAACUGAUUAAACUGAAGCUGCAAGGCUACCCCCUGCCCUCUGCGCUCCCCACCGCCAUGUUGAAGCCACCAGUCGCCAUACCGCCUCCUUCAGGCUUUGGUAUAGGCGGAAUUACUGGUAUGCCGACCCAUGCUUCUGUCGCCCCUGUGCCAAUGCCUCCCAUUCCAGUUGUAGGGAUGUCCCCUCCUUUAGUGUCCUCUGUUCCUGCCGCAGGAGCGCCACCCCUGGCUAACGGAGCGCCAACCGUAAUCCAGUCUCUUCCUGCUUUUGCUCAUUCGGCCACAUUGCCAAAGAGUUCGUCAUUCGGCCGUUCUGGUGCCGGCGCCCAAAUAAACGCUAAGACCCUGCAGAAAGCCCAGUCGUUUGAUGUGGCGGUGACUCCUCCAGUGCCAGAAUGGGCCGUACCUCAGUCUUCGCGGCUGAAGUAUCGACAGUUGUUCAACAGCCAAGAUAAAACUAUGAGUGGCCAUCUAACAGGUCCUCAAGCAAGAACUAUACUUAUGCAAUCUAGUUUACCGCAGGCCCAGCUAGCUACAAUAUGGAAUCUUUCUGACAUUGACCAGGAUGGGAAGCUAACAGCUGAAGAGUUUAUCUUGGCUAUGCACUUAAUAGACCUCGCUAUGUCCGGGCAGCCGCUGCCGCCUGUUCUGCCUCCAGAUUACAUCCCUCCAUCUUUCAGGCGGGUUCGUUCUGGUAGCGGCAUAUCCAUGAUGAGCUCGGUGUCUGUAGAUCAACGUUUACCCGAAGAACCAGCGGAGGAGGAGCCGCAGCCGGCCGACAAAAAACUGGCAGUGACAUUCGAAGAUAAAAAGAGGGAGAACUUUGAGCGUGGGAACCUGGAGUUGGAGAAGAGGCGGCAGGCUCUACUGGAGCAGCAGCGCAAAGAGCAGGAGAGAUUAGCCCAGCUGGAGAGGGCCGAGCAAGAGAGGAAGGAGCGGGAGCGCCAGGAGCAGGAGCGAAAGCGCCUACAGGAGCUGGAGAAGCAGCUAGAAAAGCAGCGCGAGCUGGAGCGGCAACGAGAAGAGGAGCGGAGGAAAGAAAUCGAGCGGAGAGAGGCUGCAAAGCGAGAACUAGAACGUCAGCGACAACUGGAGUGGGAAAGGAAUCGGCGCCAGGAGCUCCUGAAUCAAAGAAACAAGGAACAAGAGGACAUUGUGGUCUUGAAGGCAAAGAAGAAGACUCUCGAGUUUGAGCUGGAAGCUUUGAAUGACAAAAAGCAUCAGCUGGAAGGAAAACUUCAAGACAUCAGAUAUCGUCUCACUACUCAGCGGCAAGAGAUAGAAAGUACGAACAAGUCCCGAGAGCUGAGGAUUGCAGAAAUCACACAUCUACAGCAGCAGCUUCAGGAGUCUCAGCAGCUGCUUGGAAAAUUGAUUCCUGAGAAGCAGAUACUGAACGACCAGCUAAAGCAGGUUCAGCAGAACAGUUUGCACAGAGACUCCCUCCUUACACUAAAGAGAGCCUUGGAAGCCAAGGAAAUCGGUCGCCAGCAGCUCCGAGAACAACUGGAUGAAGUGGAGAGAGAAACCCGGGCAAAACUUCAAGAGAUCGAUGUCUUUAACAACCAGCUAAAGGAGCUGCGGGAGAUGCACAGCAAGCUGCAGCUGGAGAAGCAGAAGGACAUGGAGGCUGAGAAGAUGAGGCAGAAGGAGCAGGAACGUCGGAUGUUUGAGCUGGAGAAGCAGAAGGAGGAGGCUCUCAGGAAGGCACAAGAUCAGGACAAGCAAUGGCAGGACCGCGUGAAGCAGGAAGAGGAGCCUCCGCGACACAAAGUGCUGCCAGAUGAGCAGAAGCUGAAGAGGGAGGAAUCGUUAAAGAGGAUGGAGGAGGAGAGGAGAUUGGAGAUUCAGGAAAAAUCCAGCAAGCUUUUCCAGCAGCAGCCGCCGCCUGAGCCGAUGAAGCCUGGAGGACAGGUCCCCUGGACAGGUACAGAGAAAGCGCCACUAACAAUCUCUCAGGGGGACGUGAAGGUCGUAUAUUACCGAGCACUGUAUCCUUUUGAUGCAAGAAGCCAUGAUGAAAUCACCAUCCAGCCUGGGGAUAUAAUCAUGGUUGAUGAGAGCCAAACUGGAGAACCAGGAUGGCUGGGGGGUGAACUGAAAGGGAAAACGGGCUGGUUCCCCGCCAACUACGCCGAGAGACUUCCUGAAAGCGAGUUUCCAAGUACAGCAAAGCAAGCCGCAGACACUACAGCCAAAACUACUGUCCACUUGACCCCGUCCACAGCCACAUCAGCAGCUUUUACAGAUUCAUCUACAAACGCCAACAACUGGGCAGACUUCAGCUCCACGUGGCCAACUAAUAAUGAGAAGGCAGAGACCGAUAACUGGGACACGUGGGCAACCCAGCCUUCACUGACCGUACCGAGCGCGGGCCAGAUCCGGCAGCGCUCUGCUUUUACUCCAGCUACAGUAACGGGCUCUUCUCCGUCCCCAGUUCUGGGUCAGGGCGAGAAGGUUGAAGGACUUCAAGCACAGGCAUUAUAUCCCUGGAGGGCCAAGAAGGACAACCAUCUAAACUUCAACAAGAAUGACACCAUCACGGUGCUGGAGCAGCAGGACAUGUGGUGGUUUGGUGAAGUUCAAGGACAUAAGGGCUGGUUUCCCAAAUCGUAUGUCAAGCUCAUUUCAGGUCCCCUUCGGAAGUCUGCAAGCAUUGAUUCAACAUCUUCAGAAAGCCCAGUCAGUUUAAAGAGGGUCUCAUCACCAGCAUUCAAGCCUGCCGUCCAAGGAGAAGAAUACAUAGCGAUGUACACGUAUGAGAGCAAUGAACAGGGGGACCUUACCUUCCAGCAAGGUGAUAUGAUUGUAGUCAUUAAGAAAGAUGGCGACUGGUGGACGGGGACCGUAGGGGACAAAACUGGAGUCUUCCCUUCCAACUACGUCAGGCUUAAAGACUCUGAGGGAAUGGUGACGGCAGGAAAAACAGGAAGUCUUGGGAAGAAACCAGAAAUUGCCCAGGUCAUUGCCCCCUAUGCAGCUACUGGCCCGGAACAGCUGACAUUGGCGCCUGGGCAGCUGAUACUCAUCAGGAAGAAGAACCCAGGGGGCUGGUGGGAAGGUGAACUGCAGGCCCGUGGGAAGAAGAGGCAGAUUGGAUGGUUCCCUGCCAACUACGUUAAACUUCUGAGCCCUGGUACAAAUAAAAGCACCCCCACAGAACCACCCAAACCAGCAGUGUUACCACCCACAUGCCAGGUUAUCGGGAUGUACGAUUACAUUGCCCAGAAUGACGACGAGCUGGCGUUCUCCAAAGGUCAAGUUAUCAAUGUGCUGAACAAAGAAGAUCCCGACUGGUGGAAGGGGGAACUGAACGGCCAUAUGGGUCUCUUCCCUUCCAAUUACGUCAAGCUGACCACAGACAUGGACCCCAGCCAACAAUGGUGUGCAGAUUUACAUCUCCUCGAUAUGCUGAGUCCUGUAGAAAGGAAGAGACAGGGCUAUAUCCACGAGCUCAUAGUGACCGAAGAGAACUACGUGAAUGAUCUUCAGCUAGUCACAGAGACAUUCCAGAAGCCAUUACUGGAGUCCGAGCUACUAACGGAGAAAGAAGUGGCAAUGAUAUUUGUCAACUGGAAGGAGUUAAUCAUGUGCAAUAUUAAGCUACUGAAAGCAUUACGUGUUCGGAAGAAGAUGUCUGGUGAGAAGAUGCCGGUGAAGAUGAUCGGUGACAUCUUGACAGCCCAGUUACCACACAUGCAGCCCUACAUCCGCUUCUGUAGCUGCCAACUUAACGGUGCCGCCCUGAUUCAACAGAAAACCGACGAAGUGCCUGAGUUCAAAGAGUUUGUCAAAAGAUUAGCUAUGGAUCCUCGAUGUAAAGGAAUGCCGCUGUCCAGCUUUAUUCUCAAACCUAUGCAAAGAGUCACAAGAUAUCCGCUCAUCAUAAAAAACAUUCUAGAAAAUACCCCUGAGAAUCACCCCGAUCACAGCCACCUGAAGCACGCCCUGGAGAAGGCGGAGGAGCUGUGCUCACAGGUCAACGAGGGCGUCCGGGAGAAGGAAAACUCAGACCGUCUGGAGUGGAUCCAGGCACAUGUGCAGUGCGAGGGGCUCUCUGAGCAACUAGUAUUCAACUCUGUGACUAACUGCCUGGGGCCGCGCAAGUUCCUGCACAGCGGCAAACUGUACAAGGCGAAGAGCAACAAGGAGCUGUAUGGUUUCCUGUUCAAUGACUUCCUGCUGCUGACCCAGGUGAUAAAACCGCUGGGCUCCUCCGGCACUGACAAGGUGUUCAGCCCCAAGUCCAACCUCCAGUACAAGAUGUACAAGACGCCGAUAUUUCUGAAUGAAGUGCUGGUGAAGCUGCCCACAGACCCCUCAGGGGAUGAGCCGAUCUUCCACAUUUCUCACAUUGAUCGUGUCUACACACUCCGUGCGGAGAGCAUAAAUGAGAGGACUGCGUGGGUGCAGAAAAUUAAAGCUGCGUCCGAGUUGUACAUAGAAACAGAGAAGAAGAAGAGAGAGAAGGCGUAUUUAGUACGUUCUCAAAGAGCAACAGGAAUCGGCAGACUGAUGGUGAAUAUUGUUGAAGGCAUCGAGCUGAAACCCUGCAGAUCACAUGGGAAGAGUAAUCCGUACUGUGAGAUCACGAUGGGCUCCCAGUGUCACAUCACGAAGACCAUACAGGACACUCUGAACCCCAAGUGGAACUCCAACUGCCAGUUCUUCAUCAAGGACCUGGAGCAGGACGUCCUCUGCAUCACUGUGUUCGAAAGAGAUCAGUUUUCUCCAGACGAUUUUCUAGGAAGAACAGAAAUCCGAGUUGCGGACAUCAAGAAAGACCAAGGCUCCAAAGGCCCCGUCACUAAAUGUCUGCUGUUACACGAGGUCCCCACAGGGGAGAUAGUCGUCCGACUAGACUUGCAGUUGUUUGAUGAAACCUAGGGAGAGAGGGGGGCGCACAACCUCGGCCUCUCCCGCCAGCCUCUCAUGAUGGUACAUCGUCGCCAAUCCCGGAUCUAACACCUCCGUUCUCCCAUGGCAGGAUUUUUAAAGUUGGGAUGACCAUUUUCUAAGAAAAUGUCUGUGUUUUAUAUGUGGGAAGUCAUUUUAGAUUUUAGGAUGUCGUUUCUUUCCUUUCUGAACGACCUUCGCUGUGAUGAACACUCCGCCGCGUCGCCGGCUCAGAAAGAACGCUUACAUUCCCAAAAGGCUCAAGCCACCCAGCAAGCCCCCCACCAGCAGCUACGGGGGACAGGCUGGGAUUAGUAGUUCUACUACGGCUAGGAAAUUUGCCUAAUUCAGUCGAGGAUAUUUGACCAAAAUUCACCCGAGACCAAGCCCCGGGGCGUCAUGUUGCCGCUCGUUCGCGGUUUUCCUAUUUUUGGGAGGUUGUACUAAGUGAGCGGCUAACGUUUUCAUGGAUGAUAGCGCCACCUAUCACUAGUUUUAUGAUUAUGUUCAUCACACACAGGUCAGUGGCAGGACACCGCUAAUAUUUUUUUAUGCUUUCAAAAUUUCGUGAUCAGUGGUCAAUGUAGGACACGUUGCGAUUUAAAGGGUAUAUGACCUACUUGGAAUAGCGUGGUGGCGCCAUGCAAGCUGCUACGUACGGUACGAUGCAUCCUAGGGGCAUCCUGUUAUUUAUUUCAGCCCAAUGUCUGGAAGUGGCGGGGGUACAGUUCUCCUUCAGCAGAACCCAAUAACCUUUCAUCAUCCUCUCGACGCCACUGCUAAAAGCAGGCGUCUGAUUGGUUGUGGUACGGAACAGGUCCUAAGGCUGACCAUGGAAGUAAUGAUUUGCCUGGAUCGGGAAGUGUGCGUGUUAACUAAUAAGUAAAAGCAGAAAAAACUUUCCGCAUCCCAGUGGUGGCACCAUGGCCGCCAUGAUGGUCCAGACUUCAUAUUUUAAUGUUUUUAGAGCACAUUGAGAGUUUCCUAAUUCACAGCAUGUUCUAGGUGGGAUGUAGACUCUGCCUGGCAUCAAGCUGAAAAGGACUUGGAAGUAGGAAUGCGGUCUGUUACCUGUUUUUAGCAAAUCAGCGCUGAGGAAAGCAGUCCUAGUGAUGCUGAUUGUCUGAAAGCAGCGGUCACAUCCAUUGCUCCUUCCAUAUCUCCGUUUCAGCCGGAUGCUAGACUCAGUAUACAGCUUCCCAUACUGUGGGAGCUACAGGAUAUAGUGGGAGUUUUUUUUUAGAAGCACAUAUUGGUAUACAGCAAGUAAUGGCGCUGACGAUGUACACGUAUGUGGGGGUUUUACUUAUACAGAGAUGUAUUCUAGUAGCAGUGCGGUGGAUUAUCUGUGCAGAUGGCGCGAUCGCCUUACGAAAUACCUCCAGUGACCAGUACGUGUGUGCAUUCAGCUCUGCUUGCUCACUGUAGCUUAAAGGGGCGUUCUCACCCUAUAAAUCAGGGUGUGUGUCGCUAGGAUUGGCCGGGCGACAACCAAUCCUGAGAGUGAUGGAGGAUUGCAGCCAGCCCCACGGAGCCCCUGCACAGCCAGAGAAGGGGGCAUAGCAGUAAAUCAGCGCUGCAGCUCCUUCAAUUUCAGAAUCAGUGGGGGGAAUUCCCCUUUAAACGAGUUGUAUGAGAUGAUAAAGACAUGGCAGCUUUCUUCAGGAAACAGCGCCACCCUCACCCAUGGAUUGUGUGUGGUAUUGCAGCUCAGCCAUGUUUACGUGAAUGGAGUGGAGCCGCAGGACGGGUUCGGGGGUAAUAGCUGGAAGGGAACAGUGGAGCCGAAGGGGGCACUAAAGAACGAGCUUUCUGCCUCAGCUUUUACUUUAUUUCAUUAUGUUUUGCCUUUUAUGUUUUCCUCUAUUUGUUAUGUAGCAUUUCUUCUUAUAACAGUAUUUCUAAUCUAUUCCAGUCACAAUACAGUAUGGACGGUCCAUCUAAUCUAUCUCAUAUCUAUCCAUUGUCUAUCUAUCUAUCUAUCUUCUAUCU